UUUCCUCUUCACCUUUUUUUAUGCAUCAUGUAUGUAAUUUUCUUUACUAACAAUUUUAUUUUUUUAUGAGCCCCUUUAUUUAUAUUGUUAUAAAUCAAUUCAAAUAACAUUAAAUUUGUUAUUAAAUACUUACCUUCAUCUGUUCAUGUUAAUUUGCAGUUCAUUGUCCUUCUAACAUUCAGAUAUUCUUAAUCUUGUAAUAGUUUUGUUUUUAUUAGUUUUGUCGUUUUUGCUUAUUUGCUUCAGUAUUUCCCCCUUAAUUACCCUUAAGUUCUAAUUUAUGUAACAUGUUCUUUUUUUGUUGUUAUUUUUGUUCAGGGGGACUUCACUUGACAAGCUUUGCUUUUUUGUUGGUCGUUUGCAUCUCCAGGUAUUGAUACUAAUUCUAAUCGUUUUAUUUUAUGUACCAUAUGAAAACAAAGUUUGUUAAGUAAUCACCAUCUGUCACAGUCACCCCCGUUUAAGUUGCUCCCCCUUUAGUUUCAACAAAUUUCGCCGCAUCCACUAAAAAUAAACCCUUCGCUUGAUUCCCACGACCCCUCACAAAUUUAAACCUACCUUUUUAUGAAAUCAAAUGAAUUAAUUAUUCGGCCUUAGUAAUUAAAAAAAAAAUCAACAUUUAUCUGCAGGCCUACACAUUGAUUGGAAUACCAUCACUUCAAACACUUAUGGACUGUUUGGUUACUUAAUAACAAAACAAAGCAAAAUAAUGAAUAGCUAAAUUCAUUUUCUAAUUUGAGAAAUUGUUUUUUUUUUUCCAGGCACAUGCUAUUGGUUUGGAGUACCAAACGCUUCUUGGAGAUGGCGAUGAAGCCUCUGGUUCAGCUGCGGGGUUACAUCCUACGUGUUCUAAACGUACCCAACCAAGCAUUGCUGUUUCUUUACAUAAUCAAGCAGAAGAGGGCUACAGAAAGUUGUUGAGAACUGCUUACUUUAUGGCUGUGGAUGGACUACCACUGUCCACUUUCAAGACUCUUGUGAGGGUGCAAAAAGCAAACGGAGUCAAGCUAAUCGAGGGAACAGAGAGUAGCAACAAAGCCCGGGAGUUCGUCCAUGAAAUUGCAAAUGCCAUCCGAGCCAAGUUGUCAUCUAUAUUAUGCUCAUCUACUGCAUUUUCUGUUCUUAGUGAUGGGUCACAGGCAAGAAAAACCUCAAGUGAGAAAGAGCUGGUGAUGGUCCAGGUUGUUAAAGCUGGGCACUCUGUCUUCUAUGUUGCUGCAUUGGAGAACAUAGACAGUUAUGGGGAUGCAAAUGCAGAAAAUCUACACAAGUCCCUCGAUAAUGCUCUGGAAAACAAGCUGAAAAUUCCCCAUGACAAGUAUACCAAGGCACUAGUCUCAGCUACUGCAGAUGGAGCGUCGGUGAAUACAGGAAUCUACAAUGGCCUACUUGUCAGAUUUCAGAAAGCAGAACGUCCAUGGCUUGUUUCAAUCCACUGUGUCUCUCAUCGAUUAGAGCUAGCAGUGAAAGACACCCUGAUGAAAGAAGGGCCUUUCAAGCAAGUGAGUGAAAUGAUGACAACCCUCUACUACCUCAUGAAACAGUCUGGUAAAUUCAAGAGGCACUUCGAAGUGACAGCCAGUGCACUACAUUGUCAAGUAUACAGGUUCCCAAAGGUCCAUGGAACACGUUUUGUUGGUCACCAGAGAAAGGGUCUUAAAAUUCUCCUACAUAAUUGGAUACCCCUUGCCCAGGCAAUCGAGAAUUCCAUCGCGAGCAAGAAGCACACGAACAUGGACGCUAAGCUGAAUGGUAUCUUGAAGAAACUCCGAAGUUUGCAGUUUCUUGCCAUGUGCUCCCUGUUGUAUGAGCUCCUGGACAUUGUCUCAUCUUUGUCUCUGAAGUUUGAGAGAGGUGACGUUCAAACGUUUGAGGUGUUGCCUGCCAUCGAUGUAACAAAGGUGAGACUGCAGGACCUACUUGAGGAUGAAGACCCUGUCAAGAAAGCAGGCUAUAGCAUCGAGGGCAAUUCAGUAUUAUGUAAUCUUCCAAAAGGGGGGCACAUGAGGAAAUCCGCUGAAAAGAGGGAGACAGUCUCUGUGGAACUGGAUGGCAUGUCCCAUGCACAACGCCGCAGUGACACAUCUACAUCAAGCACAACUGAUGAGAGUGACAUGUCACGCAAGCUGAAACAAAAAGUUGUUCCAGCUCUAAUGAAAAAACUUGAUGAGCGCUUCCAAUCCUUCAGCAACACCUUGUUCAAAAACAUGUUUUGGGUGAACCCAGCUAACUGGAGAAGUGACGCGCCAGAAACUGAGAUUGAAUCUCUUCAAGCUUGCUCUAAUCACUUUUCAACAACUUUGGUGGCUUCAGGCUUCGACUCCAGUAAAAUCAAGCUAGAGUGGCAGACCCUUAAGAUAGUGCACAAAAGUUUCUACCAAGGGAUGGAAGCAGGAGAAAUGUGGGCCAAGGUACUGCAGUACAGGAGGAAGGAGUUCCCUAACCUCUGCCUCCUUGUGGAGCUUAUUAUGGCAAUUGGUGUAAGUAACAGUACGGUGGAGUGUGGCUUCAGCAUGCUGACAGCCAUGCUGUCUGACCGAAGGCUGUCACUGAGCCAUACUACAAUGGAGGACCUACUUGUCAUCAAAGCCAAUCAUCAAGUCUGGUCAGAAAGUGAACGGGAUGACAUCAUUGAGGCAUCAUUGAAGAACUUCAUGUCAUCCAAGCGACGGAAGCGGCAAGUGCAGAAUUCAACCCCGAACUUUGCUACAGUCGAACAUGGUCAUUCCAUGCCAAAGAAAAUGAAGUGUAGCAAUGUGGCAAACAGUGACACACAGGACAGUGACACACAGGACAGUGACACACAGGACAGUGACACACAGGACAGUGACACACAGGACAGUGACACACAGGACAGUGACACACAGGACAGUGACACACUGGACAGUGACACACAGGACAGUGACACACAGGACAGUGACACACAGGACAGUGACACACAGGACAGUGACACACAGGACAGUGACACACAGGACAGUGACACACAGGACAGUGACACACAGGACAGUGACACACAGGACAGUGACACACAGGACAGUGACACACAGGACAGUGACACACAGGACAGUGACACACAGGACAGUGACACACAGGACAGUGACACACAGGACAGUGACACACAGGACAGUGACACACAGGACAGUGACACUGACUCAAGUACAAGUGACUCUGAUCUAUCUGGGCAAACAGACUUGGACAACCAAUCUGGAACCGAACACGUCAGUGAUGAUGAGCCUGAUCAUGGUGGAGGACCUUCCAGAUCGGUGGAACAGGAAGAUAGAGGAGAUAAGGAUUUCGAUGACACUGACUCUGACUCAUCGUUUUGA